AGUCAUCCAAAUUAAUAUAUAAAGUAAUACUUGGUGGUGUCGAAGAUACUAAAGAGAGGAGGGGGAGGGUGGGAAGCUCGAAGGCAAAAAUCGAAUUGAGAGAGAAGAGAGAAGAUAGAUAGAGAAAGAUAGAGCGAGCUUGUCGUCGAAGGAAAAAAAAAAUUCACCAGGGGGGGAGGGUGAGAAUCGGACGAGAUAUCUUUGUCGCAGGGUAGAGGUAGUUUUCGAGGAACGACCCUCGAACGAGACAGAGAGAAAAUAAAGUAGAAGCUCUCGAAUCGUAGGAAAGAGAAAGAGAAAGAGAAAAAGAAAGAGAAAGAAAGAGAAAAAGAGAGAACGUCAAAGGACUCGCGCCGCCGGUGCCCGGGGGCGAGGAGGAGUCCUCGACGCGUGCCAGGCUGCUGAUCACAGGCACCGCAACUGCUAAGAAGAGGAAGAAGAGAGCGGAGAAGAUCGUUCGGAGAGCGUUCGGAGAGCGUUCGGAGGCCAAAGCGAAAGAAGAAGGGUCCUUCCGUUCGGGUGCUAGGGGUGUGCAGCAACCCUGGACCGAGGGCUCUCCCCACUCGAGAGUCUUUUUUAAAGUGGGCAAAACGCGGCCGCCGAGAGAAAAAGAGACGUCCUCGGGGCGAUGACAGGAUGCCUUCGUCUCUACUACCAGCCCGUAUUUAUUACGAAGGACCUCCGUCUGGUGGUGGUGGUUGUGUUGGUUCUGGUGCCGGUCCUGGUGCUCCUAAAAUCGCUAAGAAAAACAACGUAUCACGAAUCGCUAAUAGAAUCGCCCGAUACGUAGCCCUAAUUCUUCUACUGUUCGAACUUCGACGCGGCAGUUGUUUGAUGAGCAAUUCGGUCGAGGAUUGGGUCAGCGGCAGUGCCGUAGUUUGCAACGGAAUACCUGGAUUAACUAAGGAACAGCGUGAACUCUGCCACAGGAACCCGGACGUUACGGUAGCAGCACUCCAGGGAUUACAAAUGGCGAUAUUAGAAUGUCAGCAUCAGUUCAUGUGGCACAGGUGGAACUGUUCCUCUCUAACGCCGAGCAGCAGAACUCAACAGAGUAGCGUACUCCUGCAAAGAGGUUACAGAGAAACGGCGUUCGCUUACGCGAUAUCAGCGGCAGGUGUUGCCCAUAGCGUGGCACGAGCCUGCAGCAUGGGAAAAUUACUCUCCUGCGGAUGCGACCCGUCCAGCUACAAAGUCAAACCCCCGGCCAAGGCAAGGGGCACCCAAUGGAAAUGGGGUGGAUGUUCUCACAAUCUCGACUACGGCAUGGAGUUUUCGAGACAGUUCCUAGAUACCCGGGAGAAGGCUGGCGACAUACAAUCAACCGUUAAUUUGCACAACAAUCAAGCAGGACGUCUGUCGGUUGCGAGCAACAUGCAAGUAAGAUGCAAGUGUCACGGCAUGUCCGGUUCGUGCGAGCUGAAAACCUGCUGGAAAGUUGUCCCAGAUUUUCGAGUGGUCGGCAAGAUGCUCAAGGAUCGUUUCAGAAACGCCGUCCUGGUGGCGCAAAGUAAUCUCGGUAGCGUUACCCCAUUGGCAAGAGCGAGAGGUUCCAGGAGAAGGAGACCGGAUCGUCAAAGACAAAGACAGAAACAACAUCGCGAAAGGGGUGCCGGCCGUAAAAGGAAACCCCGCGAUCUAGCCAAACAACUUUUCUAUUAUCAAAAGUCACCGAACUUUUGUGAAAAGGAUCCGCCCGCUGACAUUCCUGGCACUACCGGACGUAGAUGCAACAAAACCAGCUCGGCCGGGGACGGAUGCGGUAGCCUAUGUUGCGGUAGAGGAUACAACGUUGUCAGGCAAAGGCGUACGGAAAGGUGCAAGUGCAAGUUUCAUUGGUGCUGCUUCGUUCAGUGUCAAAAUUGCACCGUCGAGGAAUGGAUCACCGUUUGCAAGUGAAACGCUCUAUGAAAGAAAGAAAAGAAAAAAAAAAA